AUGCUGAGGGACCAACUACCUGUCGCCUUUGGGGUUUAUAGACAAGGGGAAAACGCCGGAGCUGCUUCCGUCCCUCCGCCGUCUUUUAUCGCUUCUCUGCUUCCGAAAGUGAUCCUCUUGUUGGGGGAGAGAAAGAGAUGAGAUUGCUGAGUUUCCUGAAACAAUGGAGAUCGACGGCGAAGGAGGCGCUUGAUCAAGGAUCCAUCUUCGUCAAGUUCCUCUGCUUGCUUCACGUCACCGAUCGUUACCUCGUCUCCUCGACCCACGUGUAUGGUCCUAGCAUGCUUCCGACACUAAAUCUCACCGGCGAUGUCAUUUUGGCGGAACACGUGUCUCACCGGUUCGGUAAGGUCGAGCUCGGUGAUGUGGUGUUGGUUCGGUCUCCGAGAGACCCGAGAAAGAUGGUGACGAAGAGAGUGUUAGGCUUGGAAGGCCAUAGGGUCACCUUCUCGGCCGACCCGUUGGUCGAUGAUGGUUCUGUCAGUGUUGUGGUGCCGAAAGGUCAUGUUUGGAUUCAGGGAGAUAAUCUGUAUGCUUCAACAGAUUCUCGCUAUUUUGGUCCCGUCCCUUACGGUCUCAUUCAAGGAAAAGCUCUGUUGCGGGUGUGGCCGCCAGAUAGCUUUGGGCGAUUGAGAUGACAGAUCAUACAGCGGUUGUUUUCCGAGACAUGUCAUGAUUCUACUGACCAUUUUGUUCAGGUAUCUUCUCACAAAGAAGCUAGAAGAAUCAAGUUCCUUCUAAAUGGGAGAAAAUUCAGAUACUAUUUGGUUGCAGAGCUUCAACCCUACAUUGUCUUUCAUUCUCCUGCGAGUAUAUUCAGUAGUUCUUGACGUGUUUUAAACCCGAUAUCGAUUCUUGCAUCAAAGAUUCAAUAGAUUUGUGUGCUUUUAGGUUUUUUUCAUAA